CCGCGCGCGUCCCGCCGGCCGGUGGCGGGCAGGCGAAGAGGGGCUUCCCUCACGCCCAGCCGCUGCCCGCCCGGCAGGCACCUCACGCGCCUCGCUCGGGCCGGGCUGGCGUCUCCCGCAGGAGCCUUUCCCAAACGAGCUACUAGAUGUAGAAGGAAAGUGGGGCGUUGAUGUAGAAAAUGCCUCUAAGGGACAAGUGUUGUCAGACUGACCACCAUCACCAUGGCUGCUGUGAACCAGUGCAUAUACUGGAACCCGGAGAUCAUCCUUUAUUGCAGCAGCCUCUUCAGACAUCAAAAUCCGGCAUUCAGCAAAUUAUUGAAUGUUUUCGAUCAGGAACCAAGCAACUUAAACAUAUUUUGCUGAAAGAUGUGGACACCAUCUUCGAAUGUAAAUUGUGCCGCAGCCUCUUCAGAGGACUUCCGAAUUUAAUAACCCACAAGAAGUUCUACUGUCCUCCAAGUCUCCGGAUGGAUGACAACUCUCCUGAUGUAAAUGAUAAGCAGAGCCAAGCCAUAAGCGAUCUCCUGGAAGCUAUGUAUCCUAGAGUGGACAAGCAAGACUAUAUAAUCCGUUUGGAACCUAUAGAGACAAACCGGAAUGCUGUAUUUCAAUAUGUUUCGAAGGCUGAUAGCACGGUUGAGAACAUUGAGAUGAAUGUCACCACCGAACCAGCUCCUGUAGUAGAAAUGCCAGAACCUACCGCAGAACCUCCUCAAGCGGUUCCUAGUCCUUCACAGGAAGAAACUGCGGAGAUUCCUGUCCCUGCUGCUGCUAGCAAGGUAAUAUUGACUCCAGAAGAACCGUCUCUGUCCUCAAAGCCUAAGUUGGAAUGCGAUAAACCAGAUUUGGGUCAUCAGUUAAUUUGCUGCCUCUGUAAAAAAGAAUUUCAUUCCAGACGCAGUGUACGCCGACACAUUAGAAAAGUACACAAGAAGAAGAUGGAAGAACUGAAGAAAUUUAUUGAAAUUAAAAGGCGGCCAAAUCAGACAUCUGGAAGGGGGCGCAAUAAGAACAUUCUUGUAACAUUGGGUAGGAGCUGUCCUGUGUGCUAUAAAUCCUUUGCUACAAAAGCCAACGUAAGGAGGCAUUUUGAUGAAGUUCAUAGGGGACUGAGGAGGGAUUCCAUAACUCCUGACAUAGCUACAAAGCCUGGGGAACCCUUGUCCUUGGAAUCGGCUAAAAAAUCUAUUAAGACCCGAAAACAAAAGUCCCUUAAGGCUGAAUACAACUUAACCACCUGCAAAUGCCUCUUGUGCAAGAGGAAAUAUAGCUCGCAGGUAAUGCUCAAAAGGCAUAUGCAGAUUGUUCACAAGAUAACCCUUUCAGCAAAAAAUGCGAAGAGAGAGAAAAAGCCCAAUAACGCAGUUGGCACAGAGGUGAAAGAUAAAACUGAACCUGCAGAAUCGGUGCCUCCCGUCCUCAGUUCCCCGCAGAAUGAAACAAAGGGAACAAAUUCAAAUGAAAGAAAGAAUGCCUCGUCAUCCACCGAACGGAAGAAUGCAUCCUCUGCUGAACGAAAGAAUGCCUCGUCAUCCGCUGAACGGAAGAAUGCAUCCUCUGCUGAACGAAAAAAUGCCUCGUCAUCCGCUGAACGAAAGAAUGCAUCCUCUGCUGAACGAAAAAAUGCCUCGUCAUCUGCUGAACGAAAGAAUGCAUCAUCUGCUGAACGCAAAAAUGCCUCGUCAUCCGCUGAACGGAAGAAUGCCUCAUCAUCCGCUGAACGGAAGAAUGCAUCUUCUUCCACUGAAAGAAAGAACGCACCACCCACAAAGAAAAACAAAGUUAAGCAGAGCUCUGAAAAUUCCAAGUCAAGUAAUCAGUCCAUUGCAGGUGGUCUCAGAAAGCCCAGGAAGCCAAGACUUUCCGUUGGCUUUGACUUUAAAAAGCUUUACUGCAAACUCUGCAAACGCCAAUUUACGUCUAAGCAAAAUCUAACGAAGCACAUCGAGUUGCACACGGAUGGAAAUAACAUUUUUGUGAAAUUCUACCGGUGCCCGCUCUGCCCUUACGAAACCCGCCGGAAGCGCGACGUGAUAAGACAUAUAACCGUAGUGCACAAGAAGUCUUCGCGUUACCUCGGCAAGAUAACGGCAAGCUUAGAAAUCAGAGCGGUGAAAAAGCCCAUUGACUGCGUUUUAAACAAGGUGACGAGAAGAGGCCCUCAGAGGGAUGAAGGUAAGCAAAAUGGUUCAAAGCAGGACGUCGCCUCCAACUCGCCAAGCAAGAAGUACGAAGGGGCUGAUGUUGGCAUUGAAGUGAAAGUCACCAAGAAUUUCUCCCUGCACAGAUGCAAUAAAUGUGGGAAAUCGUUUGCCAAAAAGACUUUCCUAGAGCACCACAAGAAGACUCACAAGGCAAAUGCGUCACAUUCGCCCGAAGAAAACAAUGCAACCAAAGGCAGAAGCACGAGAUCUAAAGCUCUUGUCUGCUGAGGAACAACGAGUGCCUUCUAAAACGUUUGCCUGAACUUUCCAUUGGUGUUUCUAGCUCAGACUCUGAUGCUUGUAGAACAUAAAAAAGAGCAUCGCAUUUAUUCCCUUCAGCCACGUAUUUAUAGGAUUAAACAUGAAUUUGUCUUUGUUCCAGAAAGUGAACCUAGCACAGUUGUACACGGUCGGUUCCUGAAAGUUUUAUAA